AUGACCCCUGUCGUAUCCCAAGGCUACACCCCCAAAGGCGCCUAUCAAACUAUCGCCGGUCUCAAUACCUACAUCACCGGCCCCCGCGAUGCUGCCGCCGGUAUCGUCGACAUCUACGACAUUUUCGGACUGUCCAGCCAGACCCUCCAAGGCGCCGACCUCCUCGCCACGAGACUGAACGCCUUCGUCCUGAUGCCGGAUUUCUUCCACGGCGAGGCCGCCCAACACGACUGGCUGCCCAUAGAUACCGAAGAGAAGAAGGCGGCUCUGAUGGACUUUAUGUCGACUAGGGCGGAUAUCGCCAAGAACGUUGACGUCGUGCUUGGUGCAGUAAACGAGUACCGGAGACAGUUUCCGUCUGUGAAGAGCUGGGGGGCGUUUGGGUUGUGUUGGGGCGGAAAAGUGGCUGUUCUGGCUUCCGGUCCUCAUACACCGUUUGCCGCUACUGUCCAAACCCAUCCCGGUCGCAUGGACAAAGCUGACGCGGAAAAUCUGACCAUCCCCCACCUUGUCCUCGCAUCCAAAGACGAGCCCGCCAACGCCGUCCAGGGCUACGCUGAGAUCAUCGGCAAUAAUGGAAUUGGCGGCAUGGUCGAGACGUAUGGCUCCAUGUGGCAUGGCUGGAUGGGAGCUCGAGCCAACUUGGAGGGAGAGGAGAGUCUCGCCGAGUACAUUCGAGGGUAUGCCCAGACGGCAGAUUUCUUCGAGGAGUAUCUGAAAAUAGGGUUGGACAUUGAAUUUCGCCAGGGAAAAUCUCUCCAAAUCGGUGCACUCACUGAAAAAGGCCUCCAAUAUCAUGCCUCUGUGUCCCUGACAUGGAAGGCGAAAGCGGUCGCCACUGUACACGAGGAGAUGGUAACCUGCACAAGCGUUCCCGUGGCUCUGUCCCGAGAUGGCCCAUUAACUAAGGCUGCCAUCAAAGAUAUUGUCGGAAUAUUUGUCACCAACGAGUGGCGAAUCGUGGAUCCAGAAACACUCUUUCUAAAGAAGAAUGCUGGAGCAAACCAAAACUAUACUAUAGAACGACCAAAGACUGAAGGUGACGCGGAUACAGGACCUCGCAGGGUUUUCCUUAAGUUCCACGGCGAACUCGACAUAAUAAUCGAAGUUUUCAAACACUUGGCCCCCAACAAGCACGAAGAAGCACAGCUAUGUUACGAUUACGGUCAGUCAGGUCUCGGUGCCAAGGUUUACGGGUUCUUCCAGACAAAGGACGGCACGUUGGGAAGGGUCGACGAGUUUCUGGAUGCUCGCAAUUUGGAGCCAGAAGAUGUGGAAGACGCCGGUACACUGGAGGAGAAACCCAAUCAGGUCUAUUACGAUAUCAUCACCAGGCAGUUUGAAAAGUAUCAUAAGAUGCUCAAGCUCAAAAAGCUCUUCCAUGAAAGGGGCGUUACCAUGGACGAUCUCAUUGAUUACGACUUUGCUUCAAAGAUAAGGCGGAUAGCAGACAGGCUGGAGUCGAUAGGGGGAAAGAAGGGAUGGUGCAUCCACGAUGUACCAUUCAUGAAUGUGAUGGUGAAGAACAAUCCCAAACAAGGAGAAAGUAAGAUCGUCCUCAUAGAUUUUGAGUUCGUCUUUCGGAACUACCGAGCCUUUGACAUUGGUGGACACUUCAUGCAAAAGGUGUUCAAGUGGGUUGAUAAGGACGGCAAAAUGGCCAGCUGCAGGCCUUAUAUGGAAGAGGAGAAGAGGCACUUUUGCGAGGAGUGUGUCGAGCAGUGGAAACAGGAGACUGGUGACUCAGACACGGGGGAGCAAGUUUUUAGGGAAUCCGAGCUGGCGUAUUUGCUGGCUAUCACCUGGGACAUCCACAACAUGCUCUGCUACGUGGAGCAGGAGGAUAACAAGGAUCUUCUGAACUGCUUGGAGCUCUUGGCGUUUAACAAGCUGUUUGAAGAGUUUGUCUAUCAGUAUAAAAGGCUUGAACUGGACAUUCACGAGUAA